AUGUGUCAUCGGGAACAUCCGCUUGUGCUGCAAUUUAAUACCGAACGGCUAUCUUGUAAGAUAUGCCAAUCAACUCAACGAAGAGGAUUUGUUUACUGUUGUUCACCUUGUAAGUUUGUUAUUCAUAUUGAUUGUGCAUUUCCACCACCUGUUGUUGAAGAGAAAAACCAUCCGCACCCAUUCACUCGACUUCUGAGACGAGUACCGUUCGUUUGUGAUGCAUGUGGCACCGAAGGAAUUUACGUUUCCCAUGUAUGCUCUACUUGUAACAUCGUAGUUCAUAAAAAGUGCAUUUCAUUGCCCCGCGUCAUCAAAAGCAAGUGGCAUGAUCAUCGCAUUUUUCACAAAUAUUUCCUUCCUGACGAUUUUAGAAGUUUGGAUUGCAUUAUUUGUCAUGAUAAAGUCAAUUCAGACCACGGAAGUUACUCUUGUUCAUAUUGCAAUAUUACAUCCCAUGUAAAUUGCGUCAUAGAGGACAAAGAUUCAUAUUUUAUAGUUUUAGAUGAGGAUGAUGAUGAGUUAUCUUAUGAAAGUUCAAUUAAUGUUUUGGAGAGGAAUGAUGCUAGAGAAGCUACAAAAAUAAAACAUUGCAAGCAUGGUCAUAAUCUAAUGUUAAGUUCUUCCCUUGGAGAGCAUGAAAACAGUUGUGACGGUUGUAUGUUAUCGAUGUCGGAUCCGUUCUACUGCUGUUCGGAAUGUGAUUUUCUUCUUCACAAAGCUUGUACCGAGUUUCCUCGAAUGAAGCAUGUUUGGCAUCAUCCUUGCCAAAUACCUCUCCGUCUUAUUUCAGACGAAGCUUUUCAGUGUGAAAAGUGUUGGCAAGUGUCUAAUGCCUUUGCUUAUGAGUGUUGUGAAUGUGAGGAAAAGACACGUCUCCAAUGUGUGAUUGCUCUUACUCCUGGAGCUCAAACAUGUUCGAAACAUGAUCACCCCCUCUUUUACUAUAGAGAGUGUGAAGGGCAAUGCAAUGCUUGUGGCAAUGAUGAUAUAGUAGCUGCAUUCCGUUGUAAGGAUAGUGAUUUUGUGCUAGACCUUGAAUGUUUUUCUCUACCGAUCACAGCUCAUCAAAAAUGUGAUGAACAUCUUCUCAAACUCAUCUACCGUGGUGGUAAUAAUUAUCCAGAAAGUCAUUAUUGUGAUAUUUGUGAAGAAAGUCGAGAUCCAAAUCGUUGGUUUUAUCGUUGUACACUAUGUGAUACUUAUGCUCAUGUCAAUUGUGUUCUUGGAAAGUAUCCAUUCAUCAAACUCGGGAGAAUCUACGAAGAAAAGAAUCAUCCACACCCACUCGCCUUCGUCAAGAAGAGCUACUACUACCCCGAUUGCGGUGUCUGUGGUGAGCCCUGUGAAGAUUUGGCUCUUGAAUGCUCGAAGUCCGGAUGCAACUAUAUUGUCCACUGGAAUUGGGUAGCACCUGAUGAUCUACAAGGAUUUUGUUUUUAUGAUAUGUAG